CAAAAUUUAUACUAAAGUGUACAUUUUGCAUCAAAAGAACAUAAGCACAACCAAAAAGAUAACAUCAACGGUUGCUACAAUACUUGUAGCCAAAGUGUAAAAUCGAAACAACCAAAAUCAUGUCGGGAUCUGGAUUAAGGAACGAGUGUGAGUUCCCUCCUGGAUUCGACAAACCUUAUGAAUCACCACCACAACCACAUCUAUUGGGUUCACAAAGUACCUUUCCUCGCCAUCUUUCUCCUCUUCCUUCUGAACAUAUAAAUCAUCCGCUUGAAAUUAUUAACCACUCUGAUGUGCCAUUUUCUCCAACUGCUCCUUUGUCUCCCACCUCAACCAACACUCCUAAGAAGCGUAGAGGUCGGCCUUUCGGUUCUCGCAACAAAAAGCCAUGUAUGGAUAUCAUUAACGGUAUGGAUAUAUCUUCACUUAAGUCUCACAUGAUCUUCGUGAAUACUGGAGAGGAUGUGUUGGAGAAGAUUACAACAUUUUCCCACAGUCUCUCGAAAAAUGUAACCAUUAUAUCAGCAAAUGGGGCAGUGUCUAAAAUAAAAUUUUCUCAAUCUCCGUCAUUUGUUGAAACUGUGACCUAUGAGGGACGAUUUGAGAUUUUAUCACUAAAAGGUUCUGUGUUUGUUGGCACAAAUGAAAGUGAACAAAAAAGAGUUGGUGGAGUAAAGGGGUCUUUUGUUUCAUUAUCAAAUAGUCAUGCAUUUGGUGGUAAAAUUGUUGAUGUUUUGAUUGCUGCUACUUCAGUUCAGAUAAUACUGGGGAGUUUCUAUUCGGAGGGUCGAGAAGUAGUAUUGUCCAAUCCAAAUGAGCCUCAUGUAGAAGGUCCAAGUAACCCUCUCUCGGUGGUUCAUCCAUCAACAUGAAUAUUGAUAUCCUAGUUUAAACUAUCCGAUAUCAUUCUCUUGUUGUUAUAUUCGUUUAUUUGGAUCAAAAGAACAUCAUAAACAAGUCGUAUUUGGUUUGAUACUAUGCAUUUUGUUGGUAUAAUAUUUGAUAUUGUUUGGAUUUAAUAUAUUUUAUGAAAUUAUAAUAUAAGUUAUUAUCAAUUUGAUAUUGCUUGGAUUUAAUGUGUUU